UUGCCCUGGGAAUGAGGCAAGUGCUGAUUUUGAGAAAUAGCUACAGCGGUAAAGGACUGAGGACUGGACACCGGUGAAGUCGAGACAGCAAGCUCCCUGCCCGCAUCCAAAGCGCAUCAUGAGGGAAAUCGUCCACAUCCAGGCCGGACAGUGUGGAAACCAGAUUGGGGCGAAGUUCUGGGAGGUGAUAAGUGACGAACAUGGCAUCGAUCCCACUGGUAGUUACCAAGGUGACAGUGACCUGCAGCUGGAGAGGAUAAAUGUUUACUACAAUGAGGCAUCAGGGAGCACAGGUAACAAAUUUGUUCCCCGUGCCAUUCUGGUGGACCUGGAGCCAGGUACCAUGGAUUCAGUUCGCUCUGGACCAUUUGGACAGCUAUUUAGACCCGACAACUUUGUCUUUGGUCAGAGUGGAGCAGGGAAUAACUGGGCCAAAGGCCACUACACUGAGGGAGCUGAGCUGGUGGACUCAGUGCUGGAUGUGGUGAGGAAGGAGUCUGAGAACUGCGACUGCCUCCAGGGCUUCCAGCUCACCCACUCACUGGGCGGAGGUACCGGCUCAGGCAUGGGGACACUACUCAUCAGCAAGAUCCGCGAGGAGUACCCCGACCGCAUCAUGAACACCUUCAGUGUCAUGCCUUCCCCCAAGGUGUCUGACACUGUAGUGGAGCCCUACAACGCCACUCUCUCUGUUCACCAGUUAGUGGAAAACACAGACGAGACCUUUAGCAUUGAUAACGAGGCCCUCUACGAUAUCUGCUUCCGCACCCUGAAGCUGACCACACCCACCUAUGGAGACCUCAACCACCUGGUGUCUGCCACCAUGAGCGGGGUGACCACCUGCCUCCGAUUCCCCGGCCAGCUUAACGCUGACCUCCGUAAAUUGGCUGUCAAUAUGGUGCCCUUCCCCCGCUUGCACUUCUUCAUGCCGGGUUUUGCACCCCUCACCAGCAGGGGCAGUCAGCAGUAUCGUGCCCUCUCCGUGCCAGAGCUAACGCAGCAAAUGUUCGAUGCCAAGAACAUGAUGGCGGCCUGUGACCCUCGUCAUGGACGGUACCUUACUGUGGCGGCCAUCUUCCGUGGCCGCAUGUCAAUGAAGGAGGUGGAUGAGCAGAUGUUGAGUGUGCAGAACAAGAACAGCAGCUACUUCGUGGAAUGGAUUCCCAACAACGUCAAGACAGCUGUUUGCGACAUCCCACCCCGUGGCCUCAAGAUGUCCGCCACCUUCAUUGGCAACAGCACAGCCAUCCAGGAGCUGUUCAGGAGGAUCUCUGAGCAGUUCACCGCCAUGUUCCGCCGCAAGGCCUUCCUUCACUGGUACACCGGAGAGGGAAUGGAUGAGAUGGAAUUCACUGAGGCUGAGAGCAACAUGAACGACCUGGUGUCUGAGUAUCAGCAGUAUCAGGACGCCACCGCUGAUGAGAUGGGAGAAUAUGAAGAGGAUGAAAUAGAGGAUGAGGAAGAGGUCCGCCACGAUGUCCGCCACUGAUUGUAAAACACAGAUGUGCAACACUAUGAGCUACGUGAACCAAUCACUUUAAACAAUCAGUAAUUGUAGUUGGAAGAUGCAGAGAGAUCAUAAGAAAUGUGCUACAAAUGCAGAUGUUAAAUUAUAUAUUGCAGUGUGCAGAUCAUGAUGAAAUAUAGCUGAUUUAGCUGAAAUUAUACUGCCUAUCAAUGUGGCUCAUACUGAAAAAGACAAAGAGUGAUGUUAGAACCUAACAAUUAUAUGAGUAUUAUAGUUAUUGGUUUUCCAAGUCAUGCUUUGCUGGUGUCAAAAAAAGAGAAAAAAAUGUCUGUCCUGGAUACAGUUUUGUAACAUUUACCUCAAAAUGCAUUCACUGUCGCAAGUCUCAAAAUAAAAGACCCAGUCCUAUGAAUAGCCUA